AUGGUGCGGUUCGUGGGCUUCCUUGUCAUCGCCCUUGCAGCCGGGAUCCGUUCGAAGAGCGAUCAGGCUUGGCCGUGGGAGGAGCACCCGGCGAGCUCGCCCGAGGAACUUCAGGAGCUCCUGAGGACCCUGCUGGCGCAGAACACGGCUGAGGCCACCAGGGAAGAACCCCCCAGCGAUACAGGCGAUGCAGUAGCACAGGAGGAGACGCUUAGAGAGCGGGUUGCCAGUAUUAGGGAGGACUGGCAGAGUGCCGGCGCAACCACUUGCCACCAGCAGCUGGGGGACCUCAUGAACUCUCUCACCCUGGCAUGCGAAGGCAAGCAACCGAAAGCCGACUGGCUUCUCGACUACUACCCGGCCCUUCCGAACAAGACGUGCGCGGACAGUGUCAGCGACAUUUUCGCGAUAGGAAACGAAUUGGUGAAAACCCUCCGCGUUUCCAGAGAUGCUGUAGCGUCCUUUGAUGUGGCUGGCGAAACGGUCCGUCGAUACCAAGCACUCUCCUUUCUGCGGAGCUGGCUAGUGGACCUGACCAAGACUCUUCAGCAUGCGCUGCUUUGGGCCGGCUUUUGGGAUGGGGACCCCGAGAACCGCACGACCCAGGCGACGCUCACCAACUUUGCCAAGGCAAUCGAGCACGCGACGGUGCACCCGAACAGCUUCCUGGGCCGAGCCAUCGAGGCGAGCGAGAACCUCAACGCCUGCUACGAGGACACCCAGACCAGUGCGCUUGCCGGGAACAUGUGGUCCAUCGCAAGCAUGAGCUUCGUGCUCGGGAUGCGCGAAAGGGCACAAGGAACCGUCAUCGCACUGGUCAACAAGCAGAUCACGGGUGAGCGGAACUUGUCGCAGUCCGUGCUCUCCACCCAUGAAAUCCCAACGGUGGGGCUCGCAGCUUGGGGCCUUGGGUUUUGGUCUCCGAAAGUGCUGGUUGUGGACCUCAUGGGCACGUGCGACACGACUAGCCCAGUGCUGCGGAAGCGUCUCCUCACCCGUCUGCCCUCUUGGGCCAAGUCCAUGAACUGGAGCCCGGAAGCCUUCGCGAUGAGGACAAGGCUCCGGUGGCAAUGCAUCGACUGCUCGGGCACCUGUAGCCUGGACGCGGCCUUGGCAGCACACGUGGAGAAGCUGCUCAAGGCAAAGGAGGAGCAGGACCGGAAGGACCAGGAGCUCCAUAAGGUCGUGAGCCCGCAUUUCGCAGCCAUGGCCGCUGCCGGACCCCGCCAAGAGGAGCUGGGCCUCGCCGACAAACUGAUCAGGUCCUGGGACAAAUAUUCGGGGGACUCGCGUGGCAAGGAUCUGAUCAAACUUCACCUCCACCGGCUGCAGCUGCAAAAGGAGCACCAGAGCCGUUACUGGAAGGCGGUUCUUUGGAGACCGAAGCACACCAGCCAGCAUCUUCGGGUAGAGCAGCUGCUUCGCCAGAAUGCGGAUCCGAGCUCUCUGGACCGCCUCGGCCGCACACCCCUCACGUGUGCAGCCGGGGAAGGCCACCUGAAGGUGGUCGAGGCGUUGCUGAGGGCCGGAGCUGAGGUGGAUGCCAGGGGUGAGGGUGGCGAAACAGCCCUCGAAAUGGCUGCAGAGCAAGGCUACUUGAACGUGGUCACGACAUUGCUGCUGGACGGAGCCGAGCCGGGGGCCUGCAAUGCACAUUGCAUCGUCUCUGUUGCAGAGAAAGGUCACCUGAACGUGGUCGAGACUUUGCUGAAGGCCGGAGUUCCGCUGGAAUCCCGAGAUGAAAGAGGGCGCACAGCCCUCAUCUAUGCUGCAAUGAAGGGCCUCGUGAACGUGGUCCGUUUUCUGGUGAGGGCCGGAGCUGAGCUGGAGGCCCGCGAUCAGUCUGGCUACACAAGCCUCAUGUUGGCUGCAUUCAAUGGCAAGUUGGAGGUGGUGGAGGUCUUGAUCGAGGCGGGAGCCCAGCUGGAGGCCUCUUGCAAGGGUGGCACAGCUCUCACCGUCGCUGCAGGGCAUGGCCAUUUGAGGGUUGUUGAGUCAUUGCUGAAGGCCGGAGCCCAGCUGGACGCCACUAGUGCGGAUGGCAGAGAGCUCACUCCUCUCGCUUCUGCUGCAGAGCAAGGCCACUUGAGGGUUGUCGAGGCAUUGCUGAAGGCCGGGGCCCAGCUGGAGGCCCAGGACAAGAAAGGCAACACAGCCCUCAUCUUCGCUGCUCGCGAAAAACGCCAGGAGGUGGUACGGGCCUUGCUGGAGGCCCGAGCUCAGGCGGCGGCCCGCGAUGCGGAUGGCUACACGGCCCUCACCUACGCUGUGUUUACUGGCCAGCUGCAGGUGGUCGAAGCCUUGCUGAAGGCAGGAGCCCAUGCAGACGCCUUCGACAAGGUGUCCGGAUGCCAGGAGACACCUUUCAUCUUGGAGGUGGGAAUCCAAGAAUUGAGACCCGAUGAUUCGUUGCGCGCAGCUCUCGAGGCGGCGGAAAGCAGCAAACUCGUCCUGGCCAACUACUCGAUCUUAGCACGUCCAGAAGUCUGCCGGAUUGCUGCCACGGAGCUCCGAGGCAUCAUGCUCCAGCAGUUGGAGUCUCUGCUCCUUUUUCUGAUGGACAUGGCGCCGUUCUGGGUCGAGACCUAUGGACCCAAGACUGGCUGUUCACUAAGCUACGCUGCGGUGAACCUCUAUCACGCAGUCCACUGGGUGAUCUGCCCGGCAACCGCUGGCAACGGCAGCUCCGGCAGUUGUAGCUACGUGGAGCUCGUCGCCACCACGGCGGCGGCUCAGCGUCCCCGGUGGUUUGCAUCGCACGCCUGGAGUGAGCCUGUCCCCAACUUUGUGGCGUGCCUCCGUCGGCACACGGCUGUCCGAGGCCUUCAGGGCACAGAUCCCUAUUGGGUCUGUGCCUACGCGAAUAAUCAGCAUUUGCUGCACCAAGAAAUUUCGGAGGAUCCCUGUGAGACAUCCUUUUACCGAGCCAUGAAGCUUUGCUGUGGCGUGCUGCUUAUCCUGGAUGUCGCUGCGACUGCGAUGAGUAGAGUUUGGUGUUGCUUCGAGGAGAGCAUUGCGGUCUCGGAGCGCGACUCAGAGGAGCCCCUGUUGCUGGACAUCGCCACGGCACACGUGGCACACCGCGGGGAAGAGGCGCAGCAGCAGGAGCCGAAGGCGCAGGUGGUGACCGACGGCUUGGCAGGUGACGAGCACCGCAUGAUGCCGGUACUGGGUUUGCUGGCCAAAGCUCAGCGCGAGGCGGCUUUUCCGAUCGAAGUCCUGGAGAAAGGUAUCCGGCGUCAAUUCGAACUACGACACGGCCGGCCGCCUUUGGAUCACGAGGCCUACGACAACGUGAACCAGGCGCUCGGGUCCCAUUUCGCGCUGGCGGGCUGGUUUGUGUGUGUGAAAAACGCCUCGGACACCGAGCCCCUGCUGAGAGCCCUGGCAGCUGACAGGAGCCGGAGCAUGGUGGAACUGUCCUUGACGGGCUGUAGUGGCUUUCGAGACGUGGACUUACAGUCCCUGCUGCGGCACUUGCCGAAGGAGCUGCGCGUGCUGCGCUUGGACUUGGCCUUCACCGGCUUGGAAGCACCUUUCGGGCUCCAGAGCGCGCUCGCAGGUGAGUGCGCAGAUGAGACAGAGGAGGCUACCGCGACGAAGGACAUGCUGACACUGCCCAGGUCUCUGAAGCGUUUGGCUCUGCGCUUUGCGGGCUCGCCGACCCUCCGACACCUACAGGGCUUGCCGCCGUUGCUGCAGCCUCUAUCCCUCGAGUGCCUGGAGCUUUGGUUGUCGAAUCUGCCAUUGCUGUCGGACGUUGGCUUACUGGGCACAGAGAUCCGCAAGCAGGAGUCAACAGCUGCCCUGGCCUCGAUCUGA